UAAAUGAACUCAACUGAAAGCAAGUGGAUCUAUUUAUUGAAUGUUUGUGAAGGUCAAAUGCCUUAAUCUGUUGGUGUUUUAUUCCGUUGUUCCCUAAGUAUAUACAGUGCAGUAGACUGUUAAUCUAUAUAGGAUAGAUAUAUAUUUGUUUUGUGUUGUUAAUGAAGAGGAUUGCCUAUUAACAUGCAGGUGACAUAAUUCUCUAUCACCAGUAAUAAUGGGAUUUGAAAAUCAAGACCAGAUAUCUGGAAAUGACUUGACAUCAACGGGGCCAGAGAGGGCCCCAAAUCAAUCAAUGGAUGAGAGCACCGGUGAAAAUAUAAGGAAAGAUGAGCAAGAUCUCAAGAGGUCGGAUGUUGUCACGCAGAUGCAUGCCGCCGCAGUCAAUGGUGACAAAGCUCAGCUGGCCAAAAUCAUUGUCUCUAGUGGACAGGAUAUUGACCAUGGGGACCAGUUUGGGAGAACCCCCUUAAUGUUCACUAUCCUUGCUGACAGACUGGAGUGUGCAGAACUUCUGCUGAGGGCUGGAGCAAAUGUAAAUUGCAAGGAUAAAGGUGGCCGCACUGCCCUUCACUGGGCAGCUCAUAAGGGUAACCUGCGAAUGUUGAAAUUACUCCUGGCUAAGGGGGCUAGCAUAAGAGACAAGGACAACGAAGGUCAAACAGCUGUACAUCUCUGUACCCGGCAUAAGUCACCUAAAUGCAUGGCUCUGUUGCUACGGCAACUGUCACCAGGGGAAAUUGAUGACCAAGACAGAAAUAAGAGAACAGCACUCCACUGGGCAGCAUCAUAUGGCAAUAUGGAACAUGUGAAGAUGUUGAUAAAGCAGGAUUCUAACAUUGGUAUUCCUGAUGUUGAGGGGAAAACACCACUCCACUGGGCUGCAAGUAGCAGGGAUUCAGAGGCAGUCAACUGUGUCAAAACAAUACUUGAGACAACACCCAGUGUUAUAAAUUGGCAGGAUUAUGAGGGAAGGACAGCUCUUCAUCUGGCUGUAGCAGAUGGAAACGAGGCCAUUGUUAGAGCACUGACGUCAGUGGAGAACUGUAAUGUGUCCGCUCUAGAUAACAUGUUCAGGACACCAUUGCAUUGGGCAGCUGUGCUAGGCCAUUCUGCAGUUGUUGCUCUGCUGUUGGACAAUGGUGCUGAAUAUUCUGUGUCAGAUUCGAAUGGUGCCACCCCACUCCAUUAUGCAGCCCAGAAUAAUCACUAUGAAACGGUUGAAGUUUUUCUUUCGUGUAAAAAUGUUGUGGAUGAGCCAGACAUUGAGGGUCGCUCUGCAUUUAUAUGGGCUGCUGGGAAGGGUGCAGAUGAAGUCAUAGGAGUCUACCUCAAACAUAACGUUGAUAUACAACAGGUGGACAGUCAUGAAGGAACAGCCCUUCAUGCUGCUGGUUUGUCAGGUCAUGCCUCGACGGUGAAACUUUUACUGGACCAUGGAGCUCACAUCGAUGCUGUGGAUCGCCUGAAGCACACUGCGUUGUUCCGAGCCUGUGAGAUGGGACACACAAGUGUGGUCCAGUCACUGAUUGAUUACGGUGCUAGAGUUGAUGUACUGGAUUUCGAUGGAAGGUCACCUCUUCAUUGGGCAGCUUUAGGUGGCCAUUCCUACAUUUGCCAGACUCUCAUUAAGUAUGGUGUGGAUCCAAACAUCAGAGAUUACUCAGGGCGGACUCCUUUGCAGUGUGCUGCUUAUGGUGGUUUUGUGAACUGUAUGUCGGUUUUAAUAGAACACAAGGCAGAUGUCAAUGCCAGGGACAGAGAUGGUAUGACAGCUUUACACUGGGGGUGUAGCAAAGGACAUUUAGAUGCUGUUAAGUUACUGAUCGAGUACCAAGCUUUUCCCAACCAUAUGGAGAUGACAGAGGACAGGUACACACCCCUGGAUUAUGCUUUGAUGGGAGAGCACCAUGAUGUAGCGCAGUACAUGCUGGAGCAGGGGGCGCUGUCUAUUACGGGUAUUCAGGAUCUAGCUGCCCUCAGUAUCCAGAAAGUGUUCAGAGGCUAUAGAAUCAGGAAGACUUUUUCAGAAAGGAAAAAACUGCUGAUGAAACAUGACCAGCUUCGAAAAGAGGCUGCAAGGAAGAGGGCUGUGGAAGAAACAAGAAAGAAAGAAGACAAAAAACACAAAGAGGAAGUCAAUAAUCGCCAAAAUAUUGUGUUCAAAGAAAUGAGUCUGGUCGAACAAGAACCUCCUCCAACAGUCAAACAGGAAGAGGUUUUACAGGAAGAGGAAGUGCCAAAGAUAAAGGAAAAGAAGGAAUCUAAACAGAAGAAAAAAGAUUUUCUCAUCAGCACCAGUAUAAUUCAAAUUUAUGAUGAAUUGGAAAGGCGGAAGGAAAGAGAACUCUCAGAGCAGGAAAUAGUCCUGUGGCAAAAAGAAAACCAGAAGCAAAUCAAAAGUACAGAAAAAUCACGACAACGACAAUACAAGCUAAAGCAAAAGGCAGCAUCCAAAAUCCAGAAGGCAUGGAAAAACUACAAAAUGCGACAAGUUGGAAUUCUGAAAGUGGCCAAACAAUCCAUAAGAACCAUGAGGUUACGAGCGGGGGCUGAGGAAUUCGAGAAGUCUAUUGCUGCUCUGACUAUUCAGCUAGCCUGGCGCAAAUACUACAGGCGGAAAUUACUACGCCAACUACAUCCCAAUAAACGCCAGCUUCAUAUGUGGGAUCCUGAAGUUAUAGCCAUGAAACAAAGAGCACUAGUCAAGUCAGUUUAUGGAGAGAAAGUCAAUGCAACAUUUUGGCAUCCACAGCAGAGGAAACAGACAAGGCCUUACUGGGCAAAGUGGAUCCCCUCACCAGCUGCAUUAUCUUAUAACUUUGCUGUUGAUAACUAUCAUCCACUGGCCAAGAGAGGAUUCCUUCCAACACCAUUUCUUGAUGAUUCUGGGCAUCCUAGAGAUUUCGACUGGAAGCCAAUGGAAGAUGAAGAUUUAGAAAGAAACUUGAGAGAUGUACGAAUCAAUGAUAACCCAUCAAGAAAAUCCAGCAGGUACUCUUACAAUUUCACACCAUCCCGUGGGGCUGAUGCAACUGACAUGUCUGGCCUCAAAAAGAAACUUCAACAGAUUGAAGAUGAAUAGACAUUUCUUUGUUAAGUGAAUAUGAGAACUUUUGGAUUAUUUUGCUUCUAGUUUUAUGCUUCAUAUUGGUAUGGAUUUUUAAUCUGAUAAAGUACACAAAUGAAAUUGUUUUUGAAAAAAUGACUUAAUUAUUAU